AUGGUUCUCAAGACCAGGGUCACCGAGUUGCUCAAGAUCGAGCACCCCAUCAUCCAGGGGGGCAUGCACCACGUCGGGUACGCCACCCUCGCGGCGGCGGUGUCCAACGCGGGCGGGCUCGGCACCGUCACCGCCCUGACCCAGCGCACGCCGGAGCUCCUCCGGGACGAGAUCCGCGCGUGCAAGGCUCUGCUGAAGCCCGGUAAGCCGUUCGCGGUGAACUUUACGCUUCUGCCGAGCCUCGCGCCGCCCGACUACGGCGCCUACGCCCAGGUGAUCGUCGACGAGGGCGUGCCGGUGGUGGAGACGGCGGGCAGAAAUCCGGGCAAGUGGAUCGCCUUCUUCAAGAAGCACGGCGUCACGGUGGUGCACAAGUGCGUCGCCAUCAAGCACGCGCUCACCGCGCAGAGGCUCGGCGCCGACUGCAUAUCCAUGGACGGGUUCGAGUGCGCGGGUCACCCGGGCGAGGACGACGUGGGCAACCUCGUGCUGCUGGCCAAGGCGAGGACGGCACUGACGAUCCCGUACGUGGCGUCGGGGGGCGUCGGCACCGGAGAGCAGCUCGCCGCGUGCCUCGCGCUGGGCGCCGACGGCGUGAACAUGGGCACGAGGUUCAUGGCCACGAAGGAGGCGCCGGUUCACGACGGCAUCAAAACGGCGCUGGUCAAGGCGGACGAGAGGAGCACCACGCUGGUGAUGAAGUCGGUUGGCAACACCGAGCGGGUGUAUAAAAACGACGUGGCGCGGCGGGUGCAGGAGAUUGAACGGGAAAAUCCGGGAAAGAUCGAGGCCAUACGGCACCUGGUCAGCGGGGAGAACUACAGGAAGAGCUUUCAGGAGAGCGGCGACCCCGACAGCAGCGUUUGGUCGUGCGGGGUGGUCAUGGGCCUCAUCGACGACGUCCCCACGUGCGAGGAGCUGAUACUAAGGAUGGUGGCAGACGCGGAGCGGGUCAUCACAAAAAGGUUACCCUCCAUGGUGGGUGGGCGGAGUGGCGGGCUGUGGUCCAUGGUGGCCGGACGGAGCAGGCUGUGA